AUGGAUUGGUACUACGUUGAUAGACCUGUGAGAACGAUUGAGGACUCUUUUAAGGACUUGGAAUCCAUCUUCAAAGAUAAGAACAAUAAUGAUACUCCACGGAUCCCACUAACUGAUGAGCUGUACAAGCCAUUCGGUGAUACCAAUAUCAAUUUGAAUAGUAGUAUUUCCGCUGAAAAUAAUAACUACGUUGCUACACCUAGGUUACCACUCGCUUCAGCUACUUUGGAGGAUUCAUCAGCGGUAUGUUCACCUGUUCAACCGGUGCAAUCACCAUUAAACACUUUGCAGACUCUUGAAGCUCAUGCAUUCAGGUCAGUGGUUCCUAAGCAGAUAGUAUCACCACAACCACAACCACAACCACCAUUACAAGUGGAUUUUCAAUCUCAGGUUCACCGGGCCGCUGCCGCGGCCACCAGUGUAACAUCACCUAUCGGUGGUAUUUCCACUAAUGCCAACCAUUCGAAUUGGAAACCGCCACAAAAGAAGAGCUCGGCAAUUAUUCCACCUUGGAUUCACGUUCCCGAUCAUUCUCGAUUCUUUGUCAUCAAAUCAUCAAGUUUAGAGCACGUCAAGAAAUCGUUUUACAAUGGUAUUUGGUCAUCCACAUUUUAUGGUAAUAAGAGGUUGUCAGAAGCUUAUGAAUCUUUGCCUCAAGGUGCAAAGAUCUACCUUUUAUUUUCCGUUAAUGCAUCGGGAAGAUUUUGUGGGGUAGCUGAAAUGAGUUCUAAUCUAAGAGAGGAUUUGGAUACAAGUAUUUGGGGAGAUAAUUCACGUUACCGUCAUGCCUUCAAAGUACGUUGGAUUGUCGUGAGAGAUGUGCAUAACAGAUCUUUAAAGCAGUUUUUAAUUCCCGCCAAUGACAUGAAACCAGUGACUAAUUCGAGAGACACACAAGAGAUCCCGGCGACAAUCAGCAAAUCCAUUUUAAAGUUGUUCAAAUAUGAACAAAGUGAGGUUCAAUCGUUUUUAGAUGAUGAUUAUUCAUGA